UUAUAAGAUGGAGGGAGAGAUAUUACAGGAAGUACAAGCAAAGAAAAAGAGAGAGAUGGAGAGAGCAAAAGAAAGAGAGAAUAAGACAAGAGAACUGUGGGAGGCGCUGAAGAUGUCUGAAGGCCUGGAAAAGAUGACGAUUGGAAAGGAGACAACCAAAGCAAAGAAUCGGACAAGUAUUCCCCUGAAAGAGCUCCGCAUCGUACUGCUGGGUCACAGGGGAGCUGGAAAGACGGCAGCUGGGAACACCAUCUUGGGCAGUGAGGCCUUCCCCAUCAAGAUGAGUGUCCAGAGCAUCAAGAAAGAAGGCUGCAUAGCACAAAGACAUGUAACUGUGAUCAGAGCAUCAGACUGGGAAAAGGAACAACUUCUCAUGGACACUCCUGAACUGACUAAACAAGAGCUUAUGCUCAGUUUGUCUAUGUGUCCUCCGGGGCCUCAUGCUAUAGUUGUGGUCGUAAGUGUGCUUUUGAAAUUCACUGAGGCAAGCCGAAGAGCAGUUCAAGAACACCUGGAACUUCUCAGUGAGAAGGCCUGGAAACACUGUAUGGUGCUGUUCACAUGUGAGGAGUGGCUGGGAGAUCUAACAAUUGAACAGUACAUUGAGAGUGAAGGCAAGCCUCUCCAGUGGUUGAUUGAGCAGUGUGGGAACAGGUACCAUGUGCUCAACUAUAAGAACAGGAAAGGGAGCAGUCAAGUUCCAGAACUGCUACAGAAGAUUGAGUAUAUGGUGACAGGAUAUGGAGGCAUCCAUUAUCAACUAGGCAGCGAUACAAUCUCUAAGUUAGAAAACUUGAGGAAGAUGGAGACAGAAAGAGCAGGUGAGAGAAGGACGGCAGUAGAUAAGCACAGGCAAGAAUUGAAGGCUAAAUUAAAGCAACGUAAUUGACAAAAUUAGCAUGGAAUUGGUAACAUGACACUGACACGUGCAACCAUGCCCCUAACUGUUAAUGGGAUAUUUGAGCACAA